AUGGCUCAGACCUCCCGAGAGAACUCGGCUCCGAUAGCUCGAUAUGGUGGUGGCAUUGCCAUUGCGACAGACGGCCCGCCACCGUCAACCUUGGCGGCGCAGCUGGUUGAGAACAUAUCUACAUCUGCCAAGUCAUCAAGGUCGGACGAAAACAACGAGCUCAAAGGGCUAUUCGCGGCAAUUCAGGAAGUCAAGGAGCAGCCGGAGCUCCUGAAAUCACAGGCCGAUCGUGUCGAACAUAACCAUAUGCUGAUAUAUGUGUACUGUCGAGUGGCCCUAGAUGGAAUCAAGCUGGACGAUCCUUUUGCGAACCGGACGCAUACCCACUCGGAGGUGCUCAAGGCGAUUAAUUUCCUGCGAUUCACCAUAAAAGAGACGCCUUCUGUACUCAAGUGCACCAACAAUCCUCGCUCUUUGCUCUACAGAGGUUCCGAACCGCUCUGGGUGUGGCUGCUGCCACACUUGCUGAGAUUUCUUGGCCAUGGCUGGUUUUGCGAACUUGAAGGCUCUUUCGAAGGAUUUUUUCAAUAUUUGCUCCUGCUGAUAUCAAGAGUUGGUGAGCUGUGGUCUGUGGGCGUAGAUUUGAUUCUUUACUUGCGAACCUGCGUUGCUGGGGCCAUGGACCAGCUGCGGAAUCAAUCGACAGAAUCACAUCGAUCAAAGACGUUCAAGACGAUCCGCCUCCCCCCCGAACUCGCUCUGAAGCAGAUCCUAGGAGAGGACCAAGAUGCCGCGGGUCGGGGAACCUCGUACCACAUAUCGACUUCUUCGCAGGCGGUGCGACAGAUAUCAAGCUUGGCCAGGGUGCUAGGAUACCCGCUCUUAUCUCAAGACUCUGCUUUUCUUGGAGUGGCCACACUGUCACAAACCGCUCCCUGGUUGCUGGACACAUUGCUCGAUUUGCGGGAUGUUCAGGCACGCUGGGGUCCGACAGAAUCGACUUGUCCGAUUCCCAUCAUCGAGCUCGUUCUGGAAAUUCGGCAUGGGCUUGCAUCGAGGACCGGCCUGUUGUCAACAUUCAGCCGCAAGGCCCAUGCUCUUCUUGUUCUUUUAUGUACGGAAAUGGUGUCUCGUCCCCAGGAUCUUGCGGAACCGAACGAGUCUGGGGAUAACGCAAGAAAUGUGUUCAGUCGGGCACUAGUAGCAAUAUCUGGCGCUGCGGUAGACUCGUACUCUAUCGGGCGCAUGGCGGCCUCGAAGCUGGUGCAAGAAUUGUCGUUGCUAUCGUCGCAGUAUUCCUCCAUAGGAGAAGGGACCGAUGUUUGGCGCUGCAUGCGAUUGCUGCGUCAGAUAGUCUAUGCAACGCCGCAGCAAAUAUACGACGAGGAGACCCAUCCUUUGCACUUUGAAAACGCAGAAAUUCAAUCUGCGGUGGGAAAUCUUCACCUGAAUCACCAGAAAAAUCCUCCGUCUAGCAGUGUGGCAAAGAAAAGAAAGGUCAUGAUGCCGGACGAAGACUUAAUGACCACCGUUUGCAAGGCUCUUUUCGAGGCGCUGGAUAUGGCUUGGACAGGGCAUGUCAACGAACCGAUUCCGGAGGACCAGUUUUUGGAACAGUUCAUGAAAGCUUCGGGCGGCAGUCAGUGUCUUGCCCUGGAUCUUCUUAGCAAGUUAGCUUGCGUUUCCGAUGGGUUAGAAAGCGUACCUGCUCAAGUUUCGGGGGAGACGUCGUGUCCAGUUUGCGAAUUUGGUCGAAAAGCAAAUCCUGCCGAAGAGCGUCAACGCGUCAAGAGCUCAUCUCGAUCUUUGUUUUCGAGGCUGAUCCAGCUACCCGCUUUCGUGGAGUCCAGGCGGCCGCGGAUCGCGGCCAUGAUAGCGUUGAGACGAGUCGUGUUUCACUGCGACGAUGCAGCCUACUUGAAUCUCGAAACAUCCAGCCCGGGCCAGUGGUGCUUGCAAGCUCUGAACAGCUCUGUGAGAGAACUUCGAAUCGCUGCUGGAAGAACGCUGGGUGCCUUUAUACGGAUCAGUUCGCGCGAUACUCUGAAUUCCGACUUGCUUGAAGUAAUAGGCCGAAACCGGAAACUUUUCAUUGCCUUGCUGAAGUCGACCUCUGGACAAGCCACGGACGAAGCUCAUUUGGUGGAAACAAGAAUCAUGGCAUGGGGCCAGAUUGGCCGCGUCGUGUCAGAGGAUGAGCUGAAUCUGGUCCUGAUACAGCUGGUUGAUUAUCUGGGCAACAGCAACAGCAUCGUGUCCGCGUUUGCAUUCAACGAGCUGGUAAACCUUGCCGAGACCCGUGGAACAACUCCACGGCGACUCUUUGAACCUUUUUGGAAAAGCCUUGCCUACAUGGCCACAAAGGACAUGGUCCAGCGACCUCAACGGAGUCGCUCAAUCGCGGAGUUGCUGCAGAUUUCUGUGGAUGAGCUCCUGCUGUUGAUCCAGACGCAUGCGCUGCCUUGGCUUGUUCUAGACAAACGUCGAGACGUUAUCCAAAAGAUUGCGGAAGCUCGCCAAGAAAAGCAUGCCUGGUGUCCCUUGAUGGACGGACCGAACCUGGCAUCGACGUUGGCGCUGCUGCUCGUCCAAGAGACUCAGGACGUUGAAGAAUUCACCAAGUCCCGGUUGAAUGAAAUUUCGUCCCACUUCCACUCGCUUCCGCUUAUCCAGCUGUUUCAGUCCGAACCGGUUGUCAUUGCGUUGGAACUUUUGAAGACGGCAGCGCACGCAGACGAAGCCAAAAAGACCUUGGUCCGUCGCGCCCUUCACCUCAUGGCCACAACCAUCCUCAACGCCAACAAAGAAACACGGAACAAAAAGGGGAAUGUGAUUGGUCGAUUUUUGCGGGAUCACAUCUUGGGCCUCAUGGCUCGACUUACAGAUGUCAUAAACGAAUCAGUGUACCUGCCUCUGUUCGUCACGGAACAGCGGGCCACGAUUGGCGCCUUGGAAGAAUUAAUCACGGUCUGCAAGGAGUAUGCCAGAAUAGCUCGGCCACAGAUUUCGGCCCUUCUCCUUUCGGCCAUUUCUCAACAACCGCUACGUGAAGCCAGCGUCUCCUGUUGGGCCGUCAUGCUGGCCUACUUUGAAGAAGAAGACGUUGAAGCAUUGCUCGAGACCACAUUCUUCAUAGUCAGUCGGCAUUGGAGCAGCUUGACCGAUGCGGGCGCAAGUACUGUCAGAAAGAUGCUCUUGUCCUUGUUGGAAAAACAUGGAGCCGUGGUAGAAAUCAACAUCAGAAAGCUUCCUUCGCUGGCAGCUUGCAAAGGUCUUGAAGAUGUGGACAAGACUUUGACAGCUAUGCGCCCUUCUCUGGCCAUGGAGGAAGCUCUCGAGGUUUUUGCGCAGAGAGUUGCGCAUGACAAUUCGGGAGUGGUCCACCAAGCUCUGACAGAGCUUGUACCAUACUUGAGGGACAACCAGAUUGCUUUGUCUACCUCGGCCGUCAGCCAGAGGCCAGAUAAUACCACGAUAGCUCUGCUGAGGUCCCUCCUGGACUGCGCACACAAGUACAACGGUUUACAAGCCGACAUUGCUCGACUCUGUGUCCAGAGCAUGGGACUUAUUGGCUGCCUGGACUCGAACCAGGUCGAGACGGUGAGAGAGCAGCGAUCCAUCGUCGUGUUGGAUAACUUUGAAAAUGCCGAGGAGAUGACCGACUUUAGCUUCUUUUUGUUGGAGGAGGUCCUGGUUCCGUCGUUUCUAUCCGCGACCGACACCAAGCUUCAGGGCUUCCUGUCUUAUGCCAUGCAGGAGUUGCUGGAUCGAUGCGACAUUCGGGUAUCCUGCGCUAUCAAAAGCGCCGGACUCGUGGGUGGAAACGACAUCUACCGGAAAUGGAUUGCCAUUCCCGAAAACAUCCGUGAAGUAAUGCAACCCUUCAUGUCAUCCCGCUACAUGGUCGCGCCCAUGCCGCCCAGCAGUGUGGAAUAUCCUAUUUUUCACCCUGGCAAGCCGUACAGCAAUUGGCUGAGGUCUUUUGUUCUCGAUAUGCUGGAAAAGGGGCAAAACCCGUUGGCCACAUUGUUGUUCGAACCGCUCAAGAGGGUGAUUCGAAUCAAAGAUCUUUCCACUGCUGAAUUCCUUUUGCCGUAUCUAGUCCUCCACAUCCUUUUGAGCACGACAAGCAGCGAGGGGGAGAAGAGCCGGGUCAUGGGCGAGCUGCGCGGUGUCCUGGAGCAUCAGCCUGCUCAGAAUGCGACCCAUGCCGAGCGCCAGGAACUCAAGCGCUUCUGUCAUGCCGUGUUCCGAUGCCUCGACUAUGCCAUGAGAUGGAUACAGGCAAGGCGGGCUUCCGGUCGACUGUCACCAGAAGGCAAAGAGAGUGUGGCACGUAUACAAGAAACAUUAGAUGGCGUGCCUGCGGAGCUCAUUUCCCAGCGAGCAACUGACUGCAACGAGUACGCUCGAGCGCUUUUCCACUUGGAACACCAUGCCCAAAAAAUGGAACAGCAAAAGAGAGAGCCAGGAGACAGAAGCAGGCUGCUGGAAAAGCUGCAAGACAUUUAUGCAAACAUUGACGAACCCGAUGGGUUGGAAGGCAUUUCAUCUCAACUUCAGGCGCUGGACCUGAAUCAACAAAUAUUGAGCCACAAAAAGGCUGGGAGAUGGUCGGCAGCUCAGACUUGGUACGAGAUGCAGUUGGCCGAGAAGCCGCAAAGCACAGAGGCGCAAAUUGAUCUUUUACACUGUCUGAAGCAGGCAGGGCAACAUGAUGCGCUACUCAACCAUGUCGAAGGAAUGCAGACCGACCCUGGCGCCGACGCCAAGGUGAUGCCGUUUGCCGUGGAAGCUGCAUGGGUUACUGGCCGGUGGGAAAGCAUUCCCAAGUACAUGAGUCGGUUCCAGGCUGAUGUCAUGCAGGACUUUAACAUGUCUAUUGCAAGGCUUUUCAACUCUCUGCAUGGAGCAGAGGGGGUCGAUUCGCUCCGCAGCAUUGUGCAGGGAAUGCAAGACAAGAUAGCCUCUUCCAUGACAGCCACUGCGACGGUUUCGCUGAACGCGGCUCAUGACCUCUUGUUGAAGUGCCAUGUCCUGACCGACUUGGAAGUAAUCAUUGACACCAAGGGGGAAGACGAAAGGCAAAAGACCAUGGCUUUGCUGGAUGGGCGAAUGCAAAUCAUAGGCGGCCGUUUCAGCGACAAGCAAUACCUCCUCGGCGUGCGGCGCGCCGCGAUGGAGCUGUGCAGGCCCCAUUUUACCGACCUCGACAUAUCUGGUUUGUGGCUAUCAAGCGCCAAGCUGGCUCGCAAAGCAAACUCGCUUCAUCAGUCGUUCAACGCGGUUUUGCACGCAUUGCGUCUGGGAGACGACUCGGCCACGAUCGAAAAUGCCAAGUUGCUUUGGAGGGACAACCAUCACCGCAAGGCCAUCCAGAUGCUGCAAGGCGCCAUCGAACGGAACAAAUUCAUGACCCAGUCGGGACCGUCGGUGGGCACGGGCACGACCAAGCUGAACGCGCAGCAGAAGCUAUUGACUGCACGAGCACAGCUUCUGCUGGCCAAAUGGCUGGAUGCUGCAGGGCAGUCUCACGCCAUCGCUUUGCGGGAGAAGUAUCAGCAGCCGCCAAAGACGCAUGCGUCGUGGGAAAAGGGGCAUUACUACCUCGGGCGUCACUACAAGAAGAUUCUCGAGUCGGAGCAACCCCUCCGGGCUGACGACCAGAGCGACAACUACGUCACUGGCGAGAUUGCCAGGCUGGUCAUUGAAAACUACGUGCGCUCGCUCAUUUCGGGAACAAAGUAUCUGCACCAGACGCUGCCCAGGAUACUGACGCUCUGGCUCGACCUGGGCGCGCAGGUAGACAAACCACCACAGGGGAAGACGUCCCUGUCGCGAGAGCUGCACAAGAGACGGCUCGAACAGCUCAACAGCUUGCACAUGUUCCUGGACAAAUACAUCUACCGUCUGCCGGCGUACAUUUUCUACACGACGCUGCCGCAAAUCGUGGCUCGCAUCGCGCAUCCGAACGCGGCCGUCUUCGAACGCCUCACCCACAUCAUCACCAAAGUCGUCGAAGCUCACCCCCGACAGGCCUUGUGGAGCUUGAUUGGCAUCAUGACGACGAAGCAAAUGUCUGAGCGGAAAGCCCGAGGCACGCAGAUAUUGCAGGCUCUUCGAGGUGUCCAGAGAAAGGUGGACGGGACUUCGCAUGACCUCAAGCACCUCAUCAGGGCAGGAGAAAGGCUGGCCGAGCAGCUUCUUCUGGCCUGCCAGAACGGCGACUUUGCCGGCAACAAGACGGUCCACGCCAGCCUGUCGAGGGACCUCCGGUUCCAACACAAAUGCACGCCUUGUCCACUGGUGGUGCCCGUGGAGGGCUCGUUGACGGCGACCUUGCCCGCCGUUUCCGAGCAUGUGAGGAAGCACAAGGCGUUUUCCCGGGACGUGGUGACGAUUGACUGCUUCCUGGACGAGGUGCUGGUGCUGAGCUCUCUCGCCAAACCGAGACGGCUGACGGCGCGGGGAAGCGACGGCAAGAACUACAUGCUGCUGAUCAAGCCAAAGGACGAUCUCCGAACGGAUCAGCGGCUGAUGGAGUUCAACGGCAUCAUCAACAAGUCGUUGAAGCGGGACGCGGAGUCGAGCAGAAGGGAGCUGUACAUUCGGACGUACGCGGUGGUGCCGCUGAACGAGGAAUGCGGCAUCAUCGAGUGGGUGCCGGGCAUCAAGACCAUGAGGGACAUCUUGCUGAAUCUGUACGCCUCCCGGAAGAUACUCCCAGACUACGCCACGCUGCGGCAGUUGAUGGAGGAGGCCUCGGCGUCCGACAGCAAGAUCCGCCUGUUUACAGACGACGUGCUCGGACGGUUCCCGCCGGUGCUUCCGCUCUGGUUCAUCCAGCAAUUCCCCAACCCGUCGGCGUGGUUCUCGGCGCGGCUCAAGUACACGCGAUCCUGCGCGGUCAUGUCCAUGGUGGGCACCAUCCUGGGGCUGGGCGACCGGCACGGCGAGAACGUCAACCUGGAAGAGGGCAACGGGGGGGUCUUUCACGUCGACUUCAACUGCCUGUUCGACAAGGGCCUGACGUUUGCCAAGCCGGAGCGGGUGCCCUUCCGGCUGACGCACAACAUGGUUGCGGCAAUGGGCAUCUACGGAUACGAGGGCCCGUUCCGCAAGUCGUCGGAGCUCACGCUGAGCAUUCUUCGCCAGCAGGAGGAGACGUUGAUGACGAUUUUGGAAGCCUUCAUCUACGACCCGACGCUGGAUCUGCAAAAGGAAAAGAGGAGCUCGAGGAAGAGCGAGGGCGUGAGGCUGCAGCCGCAGAGCGUGGUGGACAGCAUCAAGAGGAAAGUACGGGGCUUGCUGCCCAACGAGAGCAUCCCCCUGAGCGUAGAAGGGCAAGUGGAGGAGUUGAUCAAGCAGGCAGUCGAUCCGCGCAAUCUGACAGCCAUGUAUAUCGGGUGGUGCCCAUUUCUGUAG